AUGAAAACAAUUCGCCCUCAUAAUAUCGUCAUUGUUGGCGCAGGUAUCGCCGGCAUCGCAUGCGCUCUCGCCUUAUCCAAGGAACUCUCUCCAUUCGUGCCAGACCUCCAAAUCACAAUAUACGAACGACAUGACAUAUUAUCAACUUCCGGUGGUGCUAUUAAUCUCACACCUGUGGCUCAACGGCAUCUCGCACAAUUGGGGGUAUUGGAUGAAUUGGACCGGAUGGGUCCCGAGGGAGGUGCCGAUGUGGAUGCCAUAGAACUUUUUUCGAUGCGGUCUGGUCGUUCGAUCGGUUCAAUCGACUUCACCGAUCACAAGGGGGAAGGUUAUGGCGGAUAUAAGGGCCGAAGAGUGAUGAGAAUCAUUCUUUCGGUGGCCAUGUUGACAGUGGUUGAACGGACCCAUAAUGUUGAAAUCGUUUUCGGCAAAAAAGUCGUCGGUGGCGAAGAAUUCGACGACAGCGUUGUAUUGAAAUUCCAGGAUGGCACUGAGGCAAUCAGUGACUUGGUGAUCGGCUGUGAUGGUGUCCACUCGGCGGUCCGAACCCAAUUCGUGGAUGCCGAUCGACCUGCCGAGUACACGGGGUUGUCAUUUUUACAGGCCACAAUUGAGAGGGACUCACUCUCUUCACGCAUCCACUUCAAGUCAUCAUCUCUGAAUAUCUCAAGGCAUGGAUCCAUACUAGCAAGUUAUUGUGAUCGUGAUUGCGAUCAAAUUUUCGCUGCUGCGAUCGUGCAGUUUAGCCAAGAAUCAUUGAGCCGUUAUCGACUGGAACCGGGCCAGGACCGGGCCACUCAGCAUCGAAUUCGAUGUGCCCUCCGAGAAGAGAUUUGGGGUCGUUUCGGUAAAUGUGGAAUUCCCUGCAUUCGAGAAAUCAUCGAAAGUAAAGCGGACUGGAUGCUUUACCCCGUAUACCAGGUACGUCCAGGCGGACGCUGGUGUACGAACCGAGCCAUUUUGUUGGGUGACGCAGCACAUGCGAUGCCUCCACGCGACGAGUCUGCUUCAUAUGCACUAGACGACGCGAUUCUCUUUGCCCGCAUUCUGGCGCGCUAUCGUUCAGAGCCUCUGGCAGAAGUCUUUGACGCGUACGAGAGCCUCCGCCGGGAUACCAUCAACCAUGCUUUCAAGGAGUCCCGCCGCAUGUGGGAACGAAAUCGGGAAAUGGGUCUCUUCGAGGGAAGGCUCAAAGAGUGGAUGAUGUCUUUCCAUCUCAAAUCCCACGAAAGCGAACGGGAGGCCGCAUGGGAGUUUGACGCAAACAAGAUGGCUCUCCCCACACCCGCACCUAGUGAGGACCUGGUGUCCUUAAAUUCAUUUUUGAGAGGACGAACCCUAUAA